AUGGCCCAAGGCGCAAUCAAGAAGACCAAGGCCGCUCCUCCGAAGAAGUCCUCGGUCGCGCGCAAACAAACCGGCGCCCGCGUCAUCAAGCCCAAGAAAGCGUCCAUCAUCACACAAAACAAGAUCAAGCACAAGAGCAGUUCAGGGCUCGUGGGCAAUACAGAGAAGAUGCUUGCGCAGAAGGCGGGGCAUCUCGAGAUACUCAAGGGAGGGAAGAGGGAUAAGAGGGAACCCGGUGACAAGAAGAAGAGUGGUUGA